CUCGCGCCUCCCCUCCGCGUCUCUUCCAUCCUCCUCUCGCCGUCGCCGCGCGCGCGCGCGCCGCCGCCGUGAAGCCGAAGCGGAUGACGCAGAGCAGCAGCAGCGGCGGCGGAGGAAGCGGCCAUGGACGUGUCCACGGUCACCACCACCACCAAAGCGCGCUGUGCUGCCUCUCCGGCGUGCCGCCGACGCCGGAGCCCGCGGCUGCGGCGGCGCCGGGGGCGGCAGUGGCUGUGGAGGGGGUGCUUCACAAGUGGACCAACUACGGGCGCGGGUGGCGGGAGCGGUGGUUCUCGCUCCGCGACGGCGUGCUGUCCUACUCCAAGAUUCGGGCCGACGCGCCCGGGGCGGGGGCCGGGGCGGCGGACGACGACAGGGAGGUGAGGCUGAUCGGCGCGAGGAUCGGCAUCGCGCGCCGCACGGAGAAGCCCGCCGGUGUCGUGUGCCUCAAGGUGUCAGCAUUUCGGGAGAGUAAGUCCGACGAGAGGAGGUUCUACAUAUUUUCCCCCACCAAGACGCUUCACCUGAAGACGGAUUCGAAAGAUGACCGUGUUGCCUGGAUUGAGGCGUUGAUCUUGGCAAGGAGCGUUUAUUCGCUCAGGUCACUCAAUGGGAGAGUAACUUUUGUGCAGAGCGAUGUUUCAAUUUCAACUGCAAGGCUUCGAGAUCGCAUGCAUCAGGAGGGUCUGAACGAGAGUCUCAUACAGGAGUGUGAACAGAUUAUACUUUCUGAGUCCUCAAGCUACCGGAAGCAACUGAAGCAACGCUAUGAGGAUUACUUAAGCCUGUUUGGGUCCUGCAGACACCAUUUUGAGGAAGGUAAAGAUGGAAGCAUAACACAGGGGGUGUUGACAAGAAAUGACUUCUCUAGUUCUCGGCAUGGAAAUUUUAGUGAAUAUAGCACAACAGAAUCUGACGAGUUUGAGAAGCACGAUGGUAGUGAAUUGACUUGUGAAGAUGAACCUAUGUUCUUUGACUCUGUAGACUACUUCAUUGAAUCAGACAACAGAACUUCAACCAUGCUUAGUGUUGAGGAAGUUGUGGAUAUCGAAACGCAAGAUUCUAGUAACAAGUUACCACAAAUCAGACGACGGAGUAAACUACCAGAGCCUACUGAGAAAGAGAAAGGAAUCAGCCUCUGGUCCAUUAUCAAAGAUAGUGUUGGGAAGGAUUUGACACGAGUUUGCCUUCCAGUUUACUUCAACGAACCACUCUCAUCUCUCCAAAAGUGUUUUGAAGAUUUGGAAUAUUCACACCUUUUGAAUCAGGCCUAUCAAUAUGGAAAAAUGGGGAACAGCCUCAUGAGAAUUCUCAAAGUAGCUGCUUUUGCGGUCUCCGGCUAUGCUUCAUCUGUUGCAAGACCUUGCAAACCAUUCAAUCCAUUGUUAGGAGAGACUUAUGAAGCUGAUUACCCUGAAAGAGGAGUUCGUUUUUUUGCAGAAAAGGUUAGUCAUCAUCCAAUGCUGAUUGCCUGCCACUGUGAAGGCAAGGGAUGGAAAUUCUGGGGUGACAGCAAUCUCAAAUCCAAGUUUUGGGGGCAGUCAAUUCAAGUUGAUCCAGUUGGCAUUUUGACAGUGGAAUUUGACGAUGGUGAAAUAUUCCAAUGGAGUAAGGUUACAACAACUAUUCACAACCUCAUCCUUGGGAAGUUGUACUGCAGCCAUCAUGGAACCAUGCACAUAAAUGGGAAUCGUCAGUAUUCAUGUAAACUCAAGUUCAAAGAGCCAUCGCUUCUUGACCGCAAUCCUCACCUAGUACAAGGCUUUGUAGAGGACAAUGCGGGGAACAAAGCUUCUUUUUUAGUAGGGAAGUGGGAUGAAAGCAUGUAUUAUAGUAAUUUAGAUACUUUCAAGGUCAAGAGUGCCGAUCAAUUGCAAGGCGCCUCGCUAUUGUGGGAAAGGAACAAACCUGCUCCUAACCCAACACGAUACAAUCUGUCUUCGUUCGCGAUCACAUUGAAUGAGUUGACCCCAGGGCUGCAGGAGAAACUUCCUCCUACUGAUUCACGGCUGAGACCGGAUCAGCGUCAUCUUGAGAAUGGUAAAUAUGAGAAGGCGAACACCGAGAAGCUGAGGUUGGAAAGGCGGCAACGAAUGUCGACAAAACUUCAAGACAAUGGUUGGAAGCCUCGGUGGUUCCAGCAGGACACUGAAGAUGGGACGUACCGCUACAAAGGCGGAUACUGGGAAACAAGAGAGAAGGGACGUUGGGACGGAUGCCUUGACAUAUUCGGGGAGUUUGCUGAAACAUGAACGCUCUGUUCUGGCAGCAUCAAACCCCCAUCCGGUGACGCUAUAAAUCCUUUGCCAGACAACUUCUCCGAAGUGCUGUUAUCCGAAGCAUUUUCUGGUUCAAGAAGAAAAAGAGAGCAAUGCAUGAGGAACAGAGAGCAUUGGCAUCUUGAAUGGUAGCAGAUAUGGAUGGCCAUGGAGGCCAGCCUGUUAGUAGUCCCUAAUAAUAAUGCUGCUAUUCUUUUAUUCCUUGUGUUGAACAUCGAUCAGCUGUUGAGUAGUUCUGGGAUUUGCUUGCUCGGCUGCCCAAGGAAACAAAACUCUGCCCGUGUUUUGUCGAUUGCAGCUGGGCGAGCAUCUUCUGUAGAGAAAAAGAGGAGGAUAAAUUUACAAGGAAGAAAUUGAAGAGGCUCACAUAAUUCAGCAAACAAA